CGCGCCCUGUCUGUUCUUUCGCAGGCGAAAGGGGAGGACGAGGAAGAGAACAAUCUAGAAGUGCGGGAAACCAAGGUCAAGGGCAGAAGCGGCCGGUUCUUCACGGUCAAGCUGCCCGCCCCGCUGGACCCGGGCUCCAGGGUGUCGCUGGUGGUGGAGGCCGUGUACACCCACGCGCUGCGGCCCUACCCGACCCACAUCACGCAGGCCGAGAAGCAGUUCGUGGUGUUCGAGGGCAACCACUACUUCUACUCGCCCUACCCCACGGCCACGCAGACCACGCGCGUGCGGCUGGGCUCGCGCAACGUGGAGAGCUACAGCCGGCUGGGCAACCCCGCGCGCUCCGACGACGUGCUGGACUACGGGCCCUUCCGCGACGUGCCCGCCUUCAGCCAGGCCGUGCUGCGCGCGCACUUCGAGAACAACAGCCCGUUCCUGACGGUGACGGGGCUGGCGCGGGCCAUCGAGGUGUCGCACUGGGGCAACGUGGCGGUGGAGGAGAGCGUGUGGCUGCGAGCGGGGUCCCGGCGUCCCACGCGCCGCGCGGUCUCUGUCCCCCAGACCAUCCUGCCGGCCGCGGCCCAGGACGUGUACUACCGCGACGAGAUCGGCAACGUGUCCACCAGCCACCUGCACGUGCUGGACGACUCGGUCGAGAUGGAGAUCCGGCCUCGGUUUCCCCUCUUCGGCGGCUGGAAGACGCACUACGUCAUCGGCUACAACCUGCCCAGCUACGAGUACCUCUACUGCCUGGGUGACCAGUACGCGCUGAAGAUGAGGUUUGUGGACCACGUGUUUGACGAGCAAGUGAUCGACUCCCUGACCGUCAAGAUCAUCCUGCCCGAAGGGGCCAAGAACAUCCAGAUCGACAGCCCCUACGACAUCGUGCGAGCCCCGGACGAGCUGCACUACACCUACCUGGACACCUUCGGCCGCCCGGUCAUCGUGGCCUACAAGAACAACCUGGUGGAGCAGCACAUCCAGGACAUCGUGGUGCACUACACCUUCAACAAGGUCCUGAUGCUGCAGGAGCCGCUGCUGGUGGUGGCCGCCUUCUACGUCCUGUUCUUCACCGUCAUCGUCUACGUCCGGCUCGACUUCUCCAUCACCAAGGACCCGGCGGCCGAGGCCCGGAUGAAGGUGGCCUGCAUCACGGAGCAGGUGCUGACGCUGGUCAACAAGAGGCUGGGCCUCUACCGCCACUUCGAGGAGGCCGUCAACCGCUACAAGCAGUCCCGGGAUGCGGCCGCCCUCAGCGGAGGCCGCAAGAGCCUGGAGGCCGAGCACAAGGCCCUGACCGGCGAGAUCGCCGUGCUGCAGUCCAGGCUCAAGGCGGAGGGCUCCGACCUCUGCGACCGGGUGAGCGAGAUGCAAACCUGGACGCCGCAGUGAGAUCUGUCUCCAAGUCGCGCGGUGAGGCCGAGGCUGGUGGCGGGGAAGGUGAAGAAGGACACCUACGUGGACAACGACAAGCUCCUCUCGGCAGCGGCAGAGCUGGCAAGAAUCGACCACAUCCUGGACGCCCUGUAG